GCCGUCCGGCCGGCCGGCCGGCCGGCGAGCCGUCAUUUGGAUCUCACUCUCUCUCUCUCUCUCUAAAACCCGAGCUUAAAAUUCAAAAAGACGUGACGACGUGGGCGCUCUCAUCAUAACCCAUUUUUUCUAGAGAGAGAGAGAUACAAACCCGACCGACGGCGUUUGUGCGCUUGCAUUUGGUUAGAGAGAGAGAAAGAUUGAAAGAGAGAGAUGGUUGCAUUUGUGCGCCCUCGUCAUUUGAUUUGCACUCCUGAAAGAUGAGUAAUGGCCGAGGCAGGAGAGAGACAGAGAGUCGAGAUUGUAUAGCUUUUAGAGAGAGAAUGAGAGAGAGUCGAGACUGAAUAGCUUUUAGAGAGAGAGAGAGGCUGAGCUCGAUCUGCAAAUUGGGGUGUUCCUAUUCUUCUUGCUCCAGCCAUGUGGUGAGAGGCCGCUAUGAGAGGAUUUUAGAGAGAGAAAGUGUGAUCUGCGAAUUGGGUCAUCUCUUUUCGUUCAAUUGGAGUCUUUGAAGGGGGAGGCAUGGAGAGAGAGAAGGAGAGAGAGGGGGAACUUGAAACUGCAAUGUACACCAACUGCUUGCUCUUGGGGUUGGACCCUUCCAUCUUACCAGAGAAGAAGGUUGGCCUUUUCAAGCACUCAAAUCCUCGAAUGGGAGAGAUCCUCCUCCAUUUCAUCCUCUCAGCUCUUCGGGGGCCCUCCCAGUCUGCAAAGGAUUUCGAUAAGGUCUGGCCAAUUUUCGAUUCUGGGCAGUCUCGGGACUUUAGAAAGAUUGUGCAAGGGAUCAUACAUGAGCUGGAAUCUCAAGGUGCAUUGCCAAGGAGUAAUUCACGGGUCUCGUCUCUCGCAACUUGUUGUGGACCAAGAUUUGUUGAGCUUUUGUGGCAACUCUCUUUUCAUGCUUUGAGAGAGGUUCACAGGCGGACAUUUCAAGCUGAUGUGGUUUCAAAUCCACUUCCAGCUUCUCUGACAGAUGUUCCCUAUAUGCAUGCAGCUACUCUUCUUCCUGUCACAAAGGCUAGAAUAGCACUUGAACGACGACGGUUUCUUAAGAAUGCAACUACAGCUGUGCACAGACAAGCAACUUGGUCAAGCCUGGCUCAUGAUAUGACAGCUGAGUUUCGUGGUCUUUGUGCUGAAGAGGCUUACUUGCAGCAAGAAUUGGAAAAGCUUCAGGAUAUGAGGAAUAAGGCUAAGUUGGAGGAAGAGUUAUGGGAUUUUCAUGUUUCGGGUUCAAUGGAUCAGAAGCCACAUUUGGUUUCUAAGGCUACUCGAUUAUGGGAGUCUUUACUUUCUCGUAAAGGUCAACAUGAAGUUCUUGCUUCUGGCCCCAUUGAGGACUUGAUAGCACACCGCGAGCAUAGGUACCGAAUUUCUGGGACAUCAUUACUUGUGGCUAUGGAUCAAAGUUCCCAUGUGCCUCAUGCUGAUGCUCUAUCUGCUCAACUUGGUGAUCUCAGUCUGGGUCAUUCAAGUAGUACAGAGCAGCUAGAUGAGUCAUCAUCAAAUUCAAAUAGGGAUAAACCGAGACAAAACUUGGAGCCAACUCUCCAAGUGAAUGAUGAAACCUUUCCUAGGGUUGAUGAUAGAAGUGGGAGAGUUCAUCCUACUGUUGAUGUGGCAGAGAUUCUCAGGCGUUGGACACAUGCUUUACAACGAAUUCAUAAACAGUCGCUUCAUCUGGCCAAGGCUAAUGAUGGAGAAGGACCAGAGCUCUUGAGGUGUUCAGCCGAUGGCAGCAAUAAUGGUCAUGCUGAAUCUUUGGAAAUAACUCUUGCUGAACAUCGCCAGCACUUGGCAAGUAUACAGGUCCUUAUUAAUCAACUGAAGGAGGUUAUCCCAGCAAUGAAGGAAUCAGUAUCAGAGCUGAGGGAAGAAGUAAACAGUAUUUCGUCCACUGCCCCUGCCACCAUGUACGGGAGCAGAUCCAUGCCUUUUGUCUCUUCCCAAAGCAAUGGAAGGGCUGUGGAGGAAAGCAUUGAUGAAGAUUUUGAAACGAACUCGAAGUUUUCUACUCAGCUUGAGCUGGUUCCUCCCAGUCCUGCUUUGAAACUCCCCCAUCUUUUCAGUUCAACUCCUAAUUCGUUUGGAAAAAGUGGAAUAACACAGAAGCGGAAUGCCAUGGCUCCUCAAAUAAACAAGCUAGAAGCUCUACCAGAGUGUAGUACAAUUGACCAGACUUUGCCAGAUAACUUUGCUGACAAUUCCAUCCAAGAGAAUGAUGAUUCAUAUAUUGUGUCCAUAAGGAGAUCAGUUCGUGAAGCUGCUCUCCCCAAGCUACCCGAAAAAAUGGAAACUUUGCAAGGUACUAGCAAAGAUGAUAGCACAGAGCACUAUUUUGUGCCUCUAACAGGGAAUGGAUUUUCUCAUGGAGGUCUAGAGCAUAUAGCAGUGAGAAACAGAAGCAAACAAAAAUUGUUUGAGUCUCCAGAGGAUACUUCCUUUCUUAAGAAGAAUUCUCUUGACCUUGAGAUGGAUUUUAGGAAAAACCCAACUUUUCUGGAGGAUAAUGAUGUUCCCUUCUCGCCUCCUCUGCUGACUGAUACAUCCUUCUUGCCAGAUGCUUUCGAGGACUUACUAGCUCCAUUAUCUGACAUUGAUGCUGCGCUAAUGGAGUGCUGAGUCCAGGCCAUCGGCCUCCAUUUUGUUGUUAUAUAUCCCUUCCAGGCUGUUGCCGAGCGAGUGUUGCUCAUGCGUCGCCAAAUCAGUGUUGCUUAUGUGUAGCAUUUCUUAAACAAAUGUAAUGUUUUAAUUAUCUGUUUUACUUGUGAGAGUUGCUUGAUUUAGUGGGGCAUGUAAUCUUUCUCAGAAAUUGAUCUCCCUUAUGGUGUGGUUAAUGUUCUUGGCAACGGAAUCUGGCUUUCGAUAGUU